AUGCAUCCUUUCGCGUCUUAUGUUCUCCGAAAUUACUACAAAGCUACGGGAUGGAACGAAGACAACCUGUUCACCAAUUUGACACGCUCCUCCGAUGCCAUUCUUGAUUUUAAUGUCCCAAAAGGACUGCAUCUUUCGAUAUCCAAGUCUCCCAAUGCCUUGUUCAAGACAACGUACUCUAUGAACGCGAUGCCGUCGUUGAAUGGCUCUGUGGGAUACAUAUUUACCUCUUGCGAUCUCAACGUGAAAAAUUCCGGAGACGUCAGGUUCAAAGAUAUGGUUGAGCGGUUCAGAGUCUACGACCAGCCCCGGAGACCGGAAGGUAAAGGCGAAGAAUGGCUUGCAGGAGAGAGAGUGGAUACCCGAGGAACAGACUAUCUGAUGUAUGGACGUCUCUAUAUCCCUACCGGCCGACUCGAUGCUCUAUACUCUACAAGGCUUUCUGCAAAUUUACAAGGAAUUGUCGCCGCAAUAUCAGAUCCACCAUCUCCGCUCUCUGCUCAAGCCAACGUCAGUAAUUUGAUGCUAUCCCUACAACACGAUGUAGGCAAAUGGUGUACAGAAUACACGUAUAGCGCAGAAGACUCUAUGUGGGGUAUCAAGGCUUUGCAUAAUUUUGGCAGAAUCGCUGGGUCGGGAAACGCUGCAGAUUCGUCACAAACACCAACCCGCGUUGGUUUGAAACGUAUCGACGAAGAAGACGCUGUCGAAGGUGGACUCAGAGGCCGGUUGUCCGCAGGUGCAGAAAUUUAUCUUAGUGCAAAAGAGAAAAGCGCUGGAGUCUCAACUGGCAUCAGGUUCUCAACAAUUCCAGAGGCUAAAACCCCUUCUACUGGAGGUUCUACAUCAAUUAUAAUCCCCCCUCAACCACCAACUACGAUAACGGCUUUGUUUAACCCUAUGCUUGGGCACCUCUCAGGUGCAUAUUCUGCGCGUGUUUCCCAAGACCUUGCGCUCUCAUCGCGCUUCGACUUCAAUGUUUAUUCAUAUGAAAGUGAAUGGACAAUGGGAGCUGAAUAUUGGUUAAGGAGGGACAACGAUCCAGACAGUGAACUCUCGUCUCCCGCAGUAGAAUCUUCCAAAAAGCGGAUACACGGGGUGGUGAAAGCCCGGGCUUCUACGAACAAUGAUGUCGCAAUUCUUUGGGAAGGCCGAAUGCGAAAUAUGCUCAUUAGUCUCGGGGUCAUUGCCGAUUUUUCAAGCCAGAGUCGAGUGAAGCCAAUUCGUGCCAUGGGUAUGGAGUUAGCAUACUUUAGCUCAGAUGAUUCAGUAUCAUAG